AGACGUUCAUCCUCAAGGGCUUCUAGCUCAUUAUUUUGCGUGGCGUGUUGUAGAAAGCUUCCAUGACUGCUGCGACCAAUGGUAAGGACCGGAGCCGAUCUCCAAAGAAGGAAUUGAAGACCGAUCCAUCAAAGCUCACGGACAAGGAUCUUAAGGAUGGAUUUUCUGCGGACGAGAUCUUCAACUCGAGCACUACCAUGAGUGGAUACACAUACGAUGACUUGAUUUGCUUGCCGGGCCACAUCAACUUCGGAGUUCAUGAUGUCAACCUCUCCUCGCGCUUCUCCAAAAAGAUCACUUUGCGAACACCUAUCGUCUCCAGCCCCAUGGAUACAGUUACCGAGUCCAGCAUGGCCAUCGCCAUGGCUUUGGAAGGUGGCAUCGGGGUGAUUCACACAAACAUGAGCAUCGAAGCUCAAGCCCAGGAGGUGGCUCGGGUGAAGAAGUUCAAAGCUGGCUUCAUUUUGGACCCUGUUUGCGUGCCGCCCACCAUGACCUUGGAAGAGUUGGAUGCCUUGAAGCAGAAGUUGGGCUUCACCGGCUUCCCGGUCACAGACUCUGGGAGGAUGGGUGCAAAGCUGUUGGGACUGGUGACCAAGCGCGACUGUGACUUCAUUGAGGACCGAAAGACUCGGUUGACCUCCAUUAUGACGCCAGUGAAGGACUUGGUCCUGGCGAAGGAAGGCAUCGACCUAGUGAGCUGCAACGACAUGCUGCAGAAGUCCAAGAAGGGGAAGCUGCCGAUUGUGACAGAGAGUGGCCUACUAGUUGCAAUGGUGUCCAGAACUGACAUCAAGAAGAAUGUCGAGUUCCCGAACGCCACAAAGGAUCCACUGAACAAGCAGCUGCUGGUGGCCGCUGCGAUUGGCACUCGCCCAGCAGACAGGGAUCGAGUGAAUGCACUUGUUUCCGCAGGAGUGGAUGCCAUUAUCAUCGACAGCAGCCAGGGAGACAGCGUUUUCCAGCAUGAGAUGGUCAAAUGGAUCAAAACAAAUCACCCGAACAUCCAGGUUGUGGCUGGCAACGUGGUGACGAAGCGCCAAGCGAAGCAUCUUAUUGAAUGUGGAGCGGAUGCCUUGCGCGUGGGUAUGGGUAUUGGAUCCAUUUGCACCACGCAAGAGGUGUGUGCUUGCGGCCGUGCCCAGGCCUCGGCUGUUUACAAUGUGGCGAAGCUGGCCAAGGUGUAUGAUGUCCCCAUCCUAGCCGAUGGUGGGAUUUCCAGCCCCGGGCACAUCGUCAAGGCCUUGAGUCUGGGCGCUGGAGCGGCCAUGUGUGGCAGUCUUCUGGCAGGCACUUCAGAGACCCCUGGUGAGUAUUUCUACUCUGAAGACGGCAAGCGCCUGAAACGCUACCGUGGUAUGGGCUCGAUCGAUGCCAUGAAGAAGGGCUCUGACGACAGAUACUUUGGCACAGCCGCAGCAAUCAAAGUGGCACAGGGCGUGUCCGGCACUGUGCAAGACAAGGGCAGCAUCCACAGAUAUAUCCCGUACCUGACUCAAGGCAUCAGACACGGGAUGCAGGACAUUGGUGCGCAAAGCGUGCAGCAAGUCCAAUCGAUGCUGCAGGAUGGCCAGUUGCGCUUUGAGCUGCGGUCCGCAGCGGCGCAGCGGGAGGGCGGAGUGCAUGGAUUGCAUAGCUUCGAGCGAAAGCUCUUUGACUCCUGAGUUGGACAGCCCUCUCUUCCGUUUCUUUAGCAACGAUGGUGUCAGCAUAAUCUUUGGAUGUUCGACUUGAUAGUGGCGUCGAUUUCUGCUACGAAC